AUGAUUAAAAAUUCUGUUAAUGAAUUGGAAGAUGAGUCUGAUGACGAUGAAGAAGAAAGUCCUAUUUUAAAAGAGAUUCCUGUGUUUUUAUCUCAAACUUUAGCCGAAAAACUAGUUGUUUAUCAGUAUCCUCUGGAGCAUAAUGGUUUAAAUACUGAUAAUUCUAAUGUUAUUAAAUGCAGUAUAAAACAAAAUCCACAUGAGGUUAUGUUAGAGUUGGAGAAAAAUACAAGUAGUCCAAAUUAUUCAAUGAGUAAAGCCGAACAAAUUGCAAUCAAGGUGGAUGGCAGGGAUACGAUAAACAAAAAUCCAGAAGAAGUUACUUUUCCAAAAAAUAUAAUGGAUAGACAGUCAUAUAUAAGUUGCUCACUUAGUGACCAAAAUUUGGCUGUAGGAAUUUUACACGAAAAUGAAUUGCACUUGACGCCUUUAAAAAAUGUCGCAUUAUUAAGACCUUCUUUCAAAUAUAUUGAUAAAGGAGAUAAAAGAUUAAAAAAAGAAGCAAAAGAUUUAGAAGGAGAUAAUUCAGGAGAAGAAGAAGAAGAACUCAAACAAGUCACAGUUAAAUUUGCCAGACAAGAAUCGGAAAAAAUUCGAAAAGCCAGAGAAAAAUCUUUUAGUUAUAUUAACGAAAUGAAUUCAAAGGAAACAUGGUACACUUCGAAUUUUUAUUGCAAAGGAACUGAUAAAUCGGAAAUUGAAUUUUGUAAAUUGUAUUGUAAUACACCCAAUGAUAAAGCUAAGGAAAUCAAAUUUGAAGCGAAUGAAAUAUUUCAAAAUGUUUGCAUUGUUGAUGAAAAUGAAAUUAAAAGUUCUUCUCAUGGUGAUUCCCUUAGACUUUUAAAAACAUUACCAAUUUUAGAUAAAGUUAAAAGGCUGUUAUUUCAAGCAAGACUGAUUCAGUUUUCUAAACUUAUAAAAUAUUUAGGAAAUAAUUAUGACAUACAAGAUUAUCUUAAAAUAGUUCAGCAAGUUGCUGUGUUAGUACAAGGUUGCUGGGUUGUACAAAGUGAUAUUUUAUAUUUUAAAGAAAUUGUGACUGGAGGCAUAUCCGGUAGCUUAAUGAGAGCGGCCAGGGAUUACAUUAAACCGUUAAAUUACCGUCAAGCGUUGUUAAAGAGGUUCUGGAAGAAUUUGCCACUUUAA